AAUAAUUAAUUUUCUAAGUUGAAAAACAAUGGAAAUUGCAUUUCUCAUCAAUCGGCUAAUCGAAGUUGAAAAAACUUUUCCUUCUUCGAUUGUAUUGAUUGUAAUUACAAUUUUAAGUUUAAUUACAAUUAAUUGUUCGACUAAUUAAUGACCAGUCGAUAUUUUCCUUCUAUUUUUCGUAUUUGGCUCUUUUUCUUUUUUUCUCCCGAAAAGUGACCAGUUCCCGAAACGGUUUCGUUUCUUUGACCAUUUGAAGAUUUUCUUAUUUACAGAGAAAAAUUUUCUCCUUUCACUUGACUUGUUUUUCUCAAUCUUUUCACUUUUAGUUUAGUUAACCAUGUUUACUGUUUCUUACAAUUCCAAGUCAAUUCAAAUGUUAACCCUCAAGUUAAUUGUAACAAUUUAAAUUCUAAUCAUUUAAGAGAAUUUAAUUUAAUUUUCUAUCCUUUUCUACUUAGAAAAUAAUCAAUUUGUUCCGUCUAAUUGUCUUCUUUUUUUCUUGUUUACAUUUGAUUAUUUUCUCUUUGUGAUAAUUACAAUUAAUUUCUUUUCAAAUUAAUUUAGUCGAACUUAGUUAAUUGUCAUCAUCAUCAUCUUCUCAUUUCCAACAACGGUAACAAUUUCAAAUCGUUUCAUCAUCAAAGUGAUCAACUCAUUUGUUUACAUUUUGUUUCUCUGUGAUUUUGUUGUUGACAUAAAUCAUGAGAAGAGAAAUUAAAUUGCCUCUGAUAUUUAUUCAAUUAGCGAUUGGAUCUGUGAUUUUAUGUGACUUAAUUAAUCAUGUUAGAGCCUCAACUAGUGUAGUUUCCGAUGUCAAAAGUAAAGUGAAUCCGUUCCUGUGGCAAGUGACCAGUAAUGAGACAAUUAAACCUUCGUAUCUUUUUGGCACAAUCCACGUAGCGUACACUCGUGUUUGGGAAUACAUCCCAUCAAUUGUGAAGCGAAAAUUUCGUGAAAGUGAUAACAUCUACUUUGAACUUGACCUUCUCGAGCCAAGUGUCACCAUAGACAUGGAUUUAUGCAGAUAUUUACCCGAUGAUAAAAGAUUAUCAGAUAUUCUACCCCAUGAAUUAUAUAGUCGUUUAGUUGACCAUCUAAAAUAUACUCGGACAAUGAUGCCUAUAUGGUUACCAUCAACGGAGAGAAAGUAUCAAGACAUGAACCCAUAUGAUCUGUUUCGUGCUAAAACUUUCGCCUGGAAUCGUAAACAUGCCAUAUGGACACUUUUAAUGAUCGAUUCUCUUACCGAGCAAGAAAUUCGUUCCCAUGGAACCUCAACUCUUGAUCUUUAUCUCGCCCAAGAGGCUCAACGUCUUGGGAAAAAAACUGGUGCCGUUGAGAAUGUGGAAGAUCAAUGCGAACCCUUGAACAAUAUUAACCUUAAUCAGGUCAUUUUCGCACUAAAUAUGACCCUUAAUCGCCAUGAAUCCAUACGAAAGGGAAACGCUGAAAGUACUCAUGCUUUCGAAGAUCUAAUUGAACGAUAUAAAAAUGGUAACAUUGACACUCUACUUUCGACACAAGAACAAUUACCACCGACCAAAGAUGCUGCUGUGACAGCUCAACAAAUCGAGGAAUACUGGCAAGAGAAAUUCAUCAAAGAACGAAACCAGAAAAUGGCUAAGAAAAUAAUCUCUCUGUUAAAUGAUCAAUCGGAUGAGAGUUUUUUCUUUGCUUUCGGUGUCGCUCAUUUUCUCGGAGACCAUUCGAUUAUUGAUCUACUUCGGACAGCUGGUUAUUCGGUGGAAAGAGUUGAAAACGCCAGAGAAUCAAAUGGAAGGUCAAAUUAUCGAGAACAGAAUAUGCAAGUUAAUCCGAAAUUCGUGCGAAACAAUAACAUUUGAUUUACUCCAAUUAACUUGCUGUGAUUCCACAAUCAAGACUAAUUACUCGAUUUCAUCAAUGAUUCCAAUCAACAUGAAGUAACCUUGAUGAUAAAAAAGCUUUCAGAAAACCAGAAUCACGCCUAUGGUUGAUAGAGGAACAUGAUGGGUUUUCAACAAGCAAUUUAAUUCCAAGGAGCUUGUAAUUAAUGUCCAAGCUCAGUAGUGACCCUUAAAAGCGGAGUCCAUGCCCGAAAUACUUGGUAUCGAACAGGUUGAAGCUGAUUAAAUAGCCAAGGAAUAUGAUCAAACAAAUACCUCCAAAUGGAUUAGCUAAAUCCUUAAUCUCUUAGUGAAAAUACUUUGAUUGACUCUGGAAAUCUAAUCAACAGAAGAUUCAAUUAAGUCAACAGAACAAUUUUUCUCUCACUUUAAUUGUUUACCUUGGAAAAAGAUUGAUUUAAAAUACUGUUAAUUACUUAUAUAUAUUUUUAUUACUAUUAAUACAAAGACUUGUUAAUUAUGAUUGUUGAGAGAGAGAAAAAAAAUCUUAUGGUUAAUUGUAUGUACGAAAUACCUUGAAAAAAAAGGAUGAGCUACAAAUCCCCUAAAGCAAAUGGACAUUGUCCAGUGUAUUUGGACACACAAUUGGGUCGAGUGAUGAUUGUCAAGGGAACAGAGAAAAGAAAAAGUUAAAUCAACAUUGGAGACAAACGAAGGUCAAUCUUCAAACGACCACCGGUCAUCGUAAUGUCAAUAGACUAAUGAUUUCGAUCUCUAAUUAAGAAGAACAAAUUAUCAUUGUUACUUUUGUUUUCUAAUUAAAAUUCUCUUAAAAUUGA